AGUAUAAGAAUAUGAAAUUUUUUUUCAUAAACACUCAUAAUUUAAAUUUUUUCAUUUAAAUUAAAAAAGAAAAAUCAAAAGGAAAAAAUUUGACAUGAAAGACAGUAAUGAUUCGUGAACCUUCUGGAUCUUUCAAUAGUCAAUCAUCCUUCACCUCUCUUCCAUCAAAUCUUCCAAUCAAUUUCUACGAUUCUCAAACCCUAGAUUACGUCUUCUGCGAUUCUCUCUUCUGCCGCCAUUUUAUUCAAUCACGAGCUCUUCUUCACUCUCUUUUCAAAUUUUACGCUGCUGAGUUGGUGACUAUCAUGUCGGAUCAGAAUUUCACUGAAGGUGCAAGCACUAGUGGUGAUACCGUUUUAGUUGCAGAAUCAAAUGUCGAGCUCAAUAUCAAAACUUUGGAUUCACAGAUGUAUAAUUUUCGGGUGGAUAAGAGUAUGCUUGUGUCAUCAUUCAAGGAAAAGAUUGCUCAGGAAGUUGGUGUACCUGUUGGACAACAGCGACUUAUUUUCAGGGGGAAGGUUUUAAAGGAUGAUCACUUACUCUCUGACUACCAUGUCGAAAAUGGGGAUACAUUGCAUUUAGUUGUAAGACAACCAACACAGCCGCAAACAUCAUCUGCUACCAGUUCUGUUGAUGCUUCUGGUAACAUUGGCACUCAAGGAAUAGAUGGUAGUACUGGUGUUCCUCGCAAUCGUAUUGGACAAUUAUCUCAUAGUGUAGUUCUUGGUACCUUAAAUAUUGGGGACCAGGGGGAAGGAGGUGCUUCAGAUAUUAGUCGGGUUAUUGGAGCAGUUUUGAAUUCAUUAGGCAUUGGUAACCUAGCCACAAAUGCUGCUUUUGGUGCUCCAAACACUGAUCCGACAAAUCCUGUCCCCGCUUCCCAAAGCAAUGAUACAGAGCAAGGCCAUGGUGGCAAUGGAAAUCAAAGCCAGGCUGGUAAUCAGGCACAGUUUGCGCAACCAUUUUUGAGUCAACCAUUUCAUGCUCCCUUGGCGGGAAUAUCUAUACCUUCAUCUUCACUUAACAUGCCUAUCCCAAGCUCACUUGACACACUCUCUGAGUUCAUGAGUCGAAUGGAAGGGGUGCUCUCCCAAAAUGGAUAUCAACCAUCCUCUUUCUCAAGUGGCACGACAGAUCAACCAGCUACUCUGUUGACUUCAAAUACCAGAGGAAUGCCUACACCUGAAGCACUUAGCAUAGUGUUGAGACAUGCAGAACGACUUUUGAGUGGUCCGGCUGUUGCAGCACUUUCUCACAUUGCAGGAAGAAUGGAGCAAGAGGCUGGCUCCACCAAUGCUUCUGUGAGAAGCGAAAUCCAAAGUGAGUCACUACAAGUAGGUCUUGCUAUGCAACACAUGGGUGCGCUUUUGCUAGAGCUUGGACGGACCAUAUUGAUGUUGCGAAUGGGACAGUCUCCUGCAGAAGCAGUGGUUAAUGCUGGGCAUGCAGUCUAUAUAUCACCAUUGGGGCCUAAUCCUAUCAUGGUUCAGCCUUUCCCCCACCAAACCAGCCCACUCUUUAAUACUCCUUCAGCUUCUACACCAAAUACGGGUCCUUCAGUUCCAGUUGGUAUAGUCGGCAGUGCUCCUAGGAAUAUAAAUAUUCACAUACAUGCCGGGACAUCACUUGCUCCAGUAGUUUCUGCUAUUGGCGCAAGAGGUGCUGGUGGUGAUGGUUCACUGGGAGAGCGUGGUUCCACUGCCUCUGGUAAUUCCGGCGUGAAUCAGGGUUUACCCGUGAGAAAUGUCAUUGCUACUGCUGUACCAUCUCGUGCCACAACCAUUGCCGUCACCCCAGUUCUUAGUACAUCACAAUCUAUUGGUAAUGUUACCUCCUCUCAAGCUCCUGAUGCAGCUGCGCUAUCAUCUGUGAUUUCUCAAGUAAAUUCACAGAUCAGAAAUUUCAUUGAUAACAUGCACCCUGAUAUCCAGAAUUCUUCAGGGCAACAGGAGAAUCCUGUAGUUCCAAGUUCUGCUGCAUCAGGUGGGGGUAGUGUUGAUGCUGGUCAUCUGUCUAAUAUGAUGUCUUCUGAGAGUAUUGGGAAGACACAUGAAUCACAUGUUGGUUCUGUUUCUGGUCAACAAACCCAGGAGGAUAUCAAGAGAGUGGGCAUCCAAGGUGACUCUUCAAAGUCAAAUGAGGAGUCAGUACGUUUGGAGGAACCUUCGUCUAGCAUUGCUGAUGGAGAACAAGCUGACAAAUCUACGAGUGCGAAACAAAUACCUCUUGGUUUAGGUGGUGGUCUGCAGCCAAAGAAACGAAGUCGGCAAUCAAAGAUGCAUCCUGUGAGCGGUGAAGCUGGACCUUCUAGUUUUGAUCAGGGUCAACAAGCUAGGAUUAGUGGCCAGCAGAUUCUGCAGUCACUUGCAUCUCGAAGCACAUCUGGUGUAAAUAAUUCUACUGAACAUGGUACUGGGCAACCCCAGCAAGGAUUUAGGCAGUCUGUGGAAGGCUUGCAAUCGAAUGCACAGGGUUCAGAUGGGCAGUUUGAUGUAACAGGCAUGAUGUCGCAACUUCUUGAGAGUCCAGCUUUAAGUGGAUUGUUGUCUGGGGUUGCUCAGCAGUCAGGGGUUGGUUCUCCUGAUGUUCUGAGAAAUAUGCUACAACAGUUUACACAAAACCCUGCAAUGAUAAAUACGGUUAACCAACUUGCUCAACAAGUUGACACAGAAGAAUUUAGGGAUAUGUUUGCAGAUAUGGGAUCCGGUGAAGAUGGUACUAUUAAUUUUUCAACAAUGUUUCAGCAAAUGAUGCCCGUUGUUUCUCAGGUUCUUGGCAGUGGCUCAGUUCAGAAUGGACUGCGAAAUGUGCUGCCUGGACUGCUGCCACAAUCAGGUGACAGGAGAUCAGGAGAGAAUUCAUUUGAUCUAAAUUCUCAGAGUAAUGUUCAAGAGGUAGUUCAAAGGAUUGCACUUCACAGUCCAUCUCCAGAUAUAUUUCAUGCUAUGGUUCAAAAUGCUGCUGAAAGCUUGGAAGCUGCUGAACGAGAGCAAAUUGAUGGAUUAUGUAGCAAUCAUGACCUUGUUGAUCAAUUUGUGGAGAUGCUCCAAAAUGAUAUGCGUCAACGUCUUGAGGGAAAUCCUGCUUCAGAUGGCGAGUCUUGAGUCAGUCUGUGAAUGACGAUGUUAAUUGAAAUGUCUCUGCUGCAAAGGAUUAUAUGUACUUUAAAAUAGCUUCAGAAAUCAAAUUGCCAUUUGUACAACUAAUGACAGAUUCUCUUGUACACAUUUUUGAGCGGUUAGCUAAGAUGUUUUUGUUAUGAAUAUGAUUGAUAUUUAUUUUACUGGUGAGAUCAUGAAAUAAUUUCAACUAAAGAGCUGAUUUAUCAUGAGUUUUAAGCAUAUUAUGAUUGUAGUAUAAAGUGUUGAACUUA